AUGGGCCAAACAUGCCUGAAGAGUAGCCCGACUACUGCAUCAUUGUGGAAGUGGAUAGGAAUUGCAAAUGCUGGGUGGCCAUCUACCAAUGUCUUCAAUGGAAAUGAAGCAUUGCGUGCCUUUGAUAAUAUUGUCAACGCAAACCCAACUGCAGUUGGCUGCUACGGCGCCUUUUGUGACGAUCGUGCAACGUCAGCAUACGUCUUCUCGCAACGUGAGGGAAGAACUGGAACAUUAGUGUACACUUUCAGAGAGUCAUGCGAAAACGGCAAAAGAUGUACAAGUCCCAAAAGCGGUCUAUGCGAAUAUGGACUGCUUGAAUACCGUAUGAAAGCUAUGAUAGUAGUGGCACUACUCUAUCAAUAA